AUGGUUAACCUGAGGAGCAUUUUGUGUAUCAAGAAAGAGGGCGGUCGCGAGGAGGAGCCGACCAACGCGAUGGAGAUGACAUCGAGCACGCGUACAGAACACAUCUGCUGCUGUCUCGGCGUGUUGGUGGGCGUCUCACUCUUAGCCGCCCUCGUAGCUGUUAUCCUGAUGAAGGACAACACCGUCGAAGUAACAGCUUUACGACAAGUUCAUGUGUUGAUGUCUCAUGGCGAGCGGACUCCGGACGAGCGCGAACUAUCGAUGUUGGGAGCACCUCCACCAGAUCAUGUCUUCGUACCAUAUGGGGCAGGGGCAUUGACUAACGAAGGAAAAAUGCUGACGUACGAAAUGGGAGCGCUUCUACGUAACAGAUAUAAUGAAUUCUUAGGUCCAUAUUAUGCAGCUGAUGAGUCCAUGGUGAUCGCUUCUGAUACGAAUCUUAGUAAGAUGACAGCACUGUUAAUAUCAGCCGGUCUUUGGCCUCCGCCAUCGGAUCAAAUAUGGAAUGAUACUAUAAUGUGGCAACCAGUUUCCUACACAUAUCCACCGCGGAAUAAAGAUUUUCUACUCUAUGAAGAGAACUGCCCCAGGUAUGAGCAAGAAAAACAACGGAUUUUAAAAGCAUUCGUCGAAGAGGGCUUGCUGACGCCGUAUAAAGAUUUGUUUUACAAAGUAGCACAUCUUACCGGUACCAAUUUUAGUACGCCUGAAGAUGCUUAUCAUUUGAGUAACUUAUUUUUAAUCCAGGAGGACAUAAAAGUACCGAAUCCAAAAUGGGCCAAGCACGUGAAGAGAAAAUUGACAGAUGUAGCGAGACUGGAAUAUAUGAUGAUGUUUCAGAAUAAUCUUCUAAGGAAGCUUAGCGGAGGAGCCUUACUAGAACAAAUCAUAAAAGAAGCGGAAGCAAAGACAGUAGAAACUACUAAUCCAGCAGUGAUCGUUCGGAUCGGUACGCCCGUGUCCGUAGCCGCGUUGCUAUCCGCAUGCGUUGCGCCCCCGCCCCGCCUACCUGACCCCGGAGCUGCUCUGUUAUUUGAGCUACACGAAAAGCUACCUACCAAGGGGAAGAAGGACCAAAAGACCUUGCCACAUGGACAGAAAUAUGGAUUUAAGAUAUAUUAUUGGGAUGACGACUCCGCAGAGCCACGACUCAUGGAGGUGCCCGGCUGUAACAACUUCUGCCCUCUCGAUACUUUCAAAGAAUCUACCAAACACGUCGUCUCUUUAGAUUAUGAGAAAGACUGCGAAAUUGCUCCUACGUCUUAG